CAGCCAUUGCAGGGCUGGCAUUUCUCACAGGCAAGUGUGUCCCCUGCCCGCAGCCUCCCAGCUUUGCUUUGCACCAGGAAUUACAAUGAAUUUUGCAGCCCAGUUUCUCUACUCCAGGGUGUUAAAAAACAGAAGUCCCAGGGACCGCUCCAGGGAAGAUGAAGACUACGAUCCUUUCUGGCAAAGGUUGGAGAAUAUUGCUGUCUGACUUAGAGCUAGAGUGCUCCUUUCUCCCCCCUCAGGGGUCAUGGUCAGCCCUCGGGGUCUGCCCAGGGCUAGGCCUAUGGACAUGACAACCCCUGGACCCCUCCUGCCUCCUUACGGUGUCGUAGUUGGAGUUUUGCUUCACCUCGUUGUUUAUUUAGUCGCUGUGCUGUAUAGUUAUGCUGAGCAGCUGUUCUUGAAAAAGGACGACAAUAAAACAAAGAAACAAGAUGCCCCAGCACUUUGUGAUCUUCACUGUUGCAAGGAUGGGCCCAUGAGAAAUGGCCUUAUUGGGCAGAAGUCACCUUCUAUCAAUCCCGAGAGACUGAAAGAUUUUGGUGAGGAGGAUUACCUGAACGGGGAUGUGAAGACCUGGGAAAUGAAGAUAGUGAGCCGAAAUGAGGAGUUACUUAGGGAUGCCCUUUCCCGCAUCCCUCAGUCAAGCAGUAGGACCGGCCUGUCAAGCUGUAACAAGCUGAUUCGGUUUGAAGAUAUUAGCGCAGCAGCCUUCAAAAUCCAGUGCGGUGUUCAGAAAACCCCCUGCAUGUAUUCUAGACUAUCCAAGCAGUAUGGAAUGGACAUCUACCUAAAGAAAGAGUUUCUCCAGUACACGGGAUCUGUGAAGGAACGAGGGGUACUUUACCUUCUGACAUCAUUGCCUCAGGCAAAAUCCACAGAUUAG